AUGGACAAAAGCAUCCACAACCUCCCCAAAGAGCUCUUCGAAAAGAUAAAGCAGCAUGCCUUCACAUCACUAGCAAUCGUCACCGCACCAGUCCGCAUUACGGAAGAAUGCAAGCCGCCCCAAAUGCUGCAAAUCAACCGCUCGAUGCGCGACCAAGCAGCGUACAACUUCUACGGCAACGGCGCGGUUUUCGGAUUCGAUGAUCUUAACACGCUGAUUAGAUGGUAUGCCAGUUUACCUGCACCGCAUCGCGGUUUGGUGGAGAAUAUGCGCAUUACGUGCACGGCUGAAGGGAGACCUGUGAGCUCUGAGUUCAAGGCUUGGUAUGCGGCUACUGUGCUUGGUGCGAGGGAGGUGGUUGGGCGCGCGGAGCGUUCGCUUGGAGCGUUUGCGGAUAAGAUUGAUUUUCAGGUUUUGGCGGGGGAGUUGUUGAGUAUUGUUCGGUUGCUGCCUAGUGGGUCUGCGAGGGAUCCUGUUGUUAUUUGGCGGCCUUCGAGUAUGAGGUUGGAUUGGGUUGAUUUUGAGUGA